GCAGCAACCUGCAAGAGUAGACGCCAAGGCAGACGCCAAGCGAAGUUCACAAGUGGUUCCAGCAGGAGACCAAGGCAGAUACAGAUAGCACAAGGAUGGCGGCGAGCACGACACCUUUUACACCGACGCGAGUCCUCGGCGAGCGCAACACCGGCGGGUGCGAGGCAUUUGGCGCUCAAGGCGACAACGGCGGGAGCAUGGCGGCAACAAUGCGUGGGGAAGGUUCUUCCCUCCUCUGCCAAGCCGUGGACUCGCCGGCGACGGUUGCAUGGCGGGAUCGGACCGAGGUCAUCACACCCAUUGAUCAUGCCAUUGUGGUCGAGGCCGCCAACGAGGUCGUGGCGUCGCUGGUGGAAGCUGCGGUGGCUGGUGGCGAGGAGAAUGUUCCGAGAGGAGCCGAGGUGGUGACGCCGAGCAAGAGCAAGGCGGCGGGCGGAGCGGCGGCGGACGAGAAGCCGGCGACGCCGCUGCAGGCGCGCUUUGUGGAGGUCAUGGCCAAGUCGGCCGAGAUGCUGAGCCCGCGGCGGAGCGUGAGCGGCGGGAGCAGCGGAACGCCGUCGGCCGUGGUCAAGGCGCUGGCACGGGUGGCUCAGCUCGAGGCUGAUCUUGCUGCGGCCGAGGCUGGCAAGAGCAAGGCCGAGGAGGAGGCGGCGCAGCUGACGGCUGUGCUCGACGAGUUUACGGCCACCGUCGACGAGAUCGAGGCGCGCAACGACUCGUUGACGGCCAAGGUGGCCGAGCUGACGGCGGUCAAUGCCAAGUACGCCGAGGACUCGAUGGCGCUCGAGAUGGGCUUCAAGGAGUGGAAGGCCAAGGCGUUGGCGGCUGAGGCCCAGCUCGAAGCGCAGGCGAACACAGUGAUCGAGCUCGAGGCCAAGCACUCGAACGAGACAAUGCGUGCCCAAAAGGCGCUGAUCAAGGCCGAGGACGCACUGGCUGCGGCCGAAGCCGACGCUGCUGCGCGGGUCAAGAUCAAGACUCUGAGCGGGCAGGUGGCGGCCAAGGACGCCGAGAACGCGGAGCUCACCCAGAUCUGCGAUGGCCUGCUCGAGCAGCUGGGCGAGUAG